AUGGCCGAGGAACAAUCGCCAGAGCCUGUUGGUCGCGUGUGCGACCGAUGCCGUCUUCGAAAGGUUCGGCCUGUCGAGUCGCUACCUGCAGACUCUUUCAAUGUCUCCCAGAACCUUGCAAACAGCAGCAGAAAUGUACCAAGCUAUACUGACUCAGAGAUGACUUUGGAGGGAAGUAGCUCCCUCAAGGCUGCGACAGUAUACGCAAGCGACUUCUUCCAGACUGUGCUUGGACAAUCGCCAGCCGCCGACACAAGCACGCGCGUGAACGCUGCAUUGUCGUCGCUGAAACAAAUGAUCGAGAUUAAUAGCUACCGGUCUAUAGGGGAUCGAUUAUCGCGUCGAAGAAAUAUUCAGAAUGAUGAGAUCAGAGACUUAGCAAUGCCACCCGUGCAGUCAGUUCUCGGUAUUCUGCGCGAACUAAAAGAAACAAAACUGGCAACACUGACUGUAGUCACCCUCUUCAUCUCCAAAGACAGACUGAUCGAUUGUUGUCGAGAGGUAUACUUCGCCGUCGACAACUUCUCACUUCCAACCUUCUUGAUCGCAAAUGCUACACUCCGUUACCUGUUUCAGGAAAAAGCUCAAGCGUCACAGGAUCCAUUAUCUCGUGAGGAAUACCGCAAGCUGUCUCAGAUAUGUCGGGAUAACCUUGAGACCGCGAUGAACAAGUUCAAUGUUCUCGCGCCACCCAGCUUGGAGAACGUAGAGGCUUUUCUUCUGGGGGCUAUCUAUGCCAUUGAGACUCUUGGCUGGCAUCAACUUGUUCCCAACAACGACAGAACCACCGAUCGGAAAGUUUCUCUCUUCUGGCUGACUUACCUCCUUGACAAAGGUCUUUCCUUGCGCCUCGGCCGACCAGCUGUCAUACACGAUGACGAGAUUACGUUACCUGAACGAAUGGACAAAGCAGAUGUACCCGGCGGAUGGAGGGACUUGCUUACCCAGUGGAUCCGUCAUUCUCGACUCGUUGGCAGGGCGUACCAAGAUCUAUACAGUCCAUCUGCGCUUCGAAAGUCAGCACAGGAACGUGGCGAGCGAGCAAGGAGCUUGAUAGCAGCGCUGAAGCGAAUCAUGGAUGAGUCGUUGAUGCCACUUGGACAAGCACAUCUUAUGGAACGCAACACUGAAGACUUUGGAUCACCACCCGAUAGAAUGAUCAAGACGGUUCUGAAGGCUGAUGAGGUAUGGUACUGGAAGACCCUAACGUUUAUACGCAGAGCUGUUCCAUCAAAUGAAGGUGGACAUGGCGUUAUUAGCCCUGCAUGUAUGGAAUCUGCCAGGAUGGCUUUUCAAGCACAUGGGGAGUGCAUGAGGAUGACUUAUCCCAGCUCAGAGACAAAGGCUCUAUAUCUGCUUUGGUACCUACCUGACUUCCUGUCCAAGAUAUUGAAGACUUCUAACGAGUGCUCUGUAUGCAGGACGAUUAUCUACACCCCCUUCGUACCGCUAAUCGUUGUAUUCUGCAACGUCAUCGAGACUUCUAACCCCAAAGACAUUCGUAUACUCGGAAAAUUCUGUGAAUCGUUAAAACCGCUUUGCGGAAUCUUCGAAGCUAUCCAGGAGCUCCACGAUCUCUGCAAAGUUCUACAUAAUCUGGUCAUCUCAUACGUGGAAGCGAAAGUGCAAAGUCAAGGGGCACCCGAUAAAAUGGCCGAGGAUGGGUUUGGCGUUCAAUCUAGGAGCACACAAGGGGCAAUGUCGUUUAAUAGUAGCUAA